GGAAGAGUUGCUAUGGAGACAGCGUCGCGCGCAGGAAAACAGUGACUGAAACGACAGAGAUUGAAAGACUUCACGGCUCAAGAACUUCAACAUUACGCUGAUGAGUCAAGCUGAGGGGCGGAGCUCUGAGGAGGAGGAGGAGGAGGGGUCCAGUGAGAGAGCCACGCCCAUUUCUGCAAUAGCUCCAGAAGCUGAUUCACAUCAUGAACAACCUGCUGUCAUAUCAUCAAACCCAGCCCUGCAGUACCUGGAACAGCUGUUCUCCAUGGGAAAGAUCAGCGGGGAGAAAAUGGCUCAUCUUAGGGCCAGCUACAACAUCUUACAUGAAACUCUAAGAAAUUCUCAGGAAACAGAGCUGCAUCUGCUGCAGGAGGCAAAGGCCUUACGCACCACGCUGGAUCAGAAGAAGCAGGAGCUGGAGAAGGCUGAGCUGUUUCCUGAGGGACCAGACACAGAGGUCAGCAGACUAAAACAAACGCUUCUGCAGUACUACAACCAGCUGAAGGAGGAGGAAGAAAGAGAAUAUCAGAUGCAGUUCCAGUUUGAGUGUCUAAAAGAGGAGAAGCUCUGUCUUGAGAAAGAAUACCAGGAACAACCUAAACCAUCUGAGCUAGAAAAUCGGUACAUUGCCAUGAAGAACAGUUGUGAAGAGGUGGGGAAAGAGGUGGUUCAGCUUAGACAGGAAGUGAAGACUUUAAGUGAGAGCAUGGAGACUCAACACAAACAUAUUAAUAAAGAACAAAAUGAGCUGGAGAAAUUAAAAGAUCUUGUUGGAAGCAGUGAGGCUGAGCUGGCUCAGGUGCUUCUCAUUCCUGUUCAACUGGGAAAGGAGAUCGAUAGGAUUGCCCACAAGAAAUCGGAGCUAGAGAAGCAGGUUGCAGUCAUAGGGCAACACCGUAUGGAGCACAGGGAACAUCAGCAGAGGAUGGAAGCAAAGUGCGAGGAGGUGAAGGAGGCCAAAAGAGAGGUGUUACGAGAACUAGAAGGCCACAAGUCUCAGCUGGUAGUUGCAGAGAACAAACAAGACAGACUCCUCAAAGAACUGCAGAUGACCAAAGAAAAAGAGGCCAUGUUCAUGGACCAAAGGGGUCUGCUGGAUAUCAACAUGGAGCAGAUUGUUGCUGAGUGCAAGUCUCUGCGUGAUAAACUGGCUCGAGAUACGCGGCUGAAAGAUAAGCUUAUGCGAGCCCUGAAGAGAAAUGAAUUGCAGCUGAAACAGACCAGAGACUCUCUUGCUAACACUCAACAGCAGCAUGAGAGGACGCAGGCUCAGAGAGAGACAGUCCCAGAGGGUGACUGCUUGUUGCAGAGAAGAAGAGAUCUGGAAAAGGAAGUGGAAAACUUAAAACGGAGUUGGAUUAGCAAGCAGUCUGGGGCAGAUCUGAAGGUCCAGCUGGUUCAAGAGUAUGUGGAGCAGGAACAGGCUUUGAUUAGAGAGUCCUAUCGCCGUAGAGACGAGCUUCAUCACCUUCAUCAUCUCAUACUUAUCAAAGCAGAUGAAAGAGAGCAGAAGAGCCGUGAGCUGCUCAAAGCACAGCUAAAAUAUAAGCGUGCUAAGCAAGAUCUGCAGGGGAAAGGACUGGUUAUUCAAGAACACAUGAAACAGACUCAAGAGACCCAGUCAAGGCUGGGUGUGUUUGCUAAACUGUAUGAAGUCACCAAGGGCGAGCGGAACAAAUACCUGAGCUUGAUCCACAUCUCAAACCAGAACCUGACAGAGGUGCAAGAGAAGCUGGCCAAACUGGAAGAAAAUCUCAAGACACUGCAAUUGAUUGCUAUCAACAAAGACAAGUUGCUGCAAAAGUCCCGUCUACAACAUUCUCACAGCUACAAGCUCAGAGACCGCAUGAAGAACGAGCUCUCACGGGUGUUACAGGUUCUGGAAGAAAUGCACCAGAAACGAGAGGAGCAGAAAUUGAACCUCGGCAAGCUCGCAGACACAAUCAACAUGAUGGAGCAAAAAAAGUUGUAUAUGUGCAAGAGCUACGAGGCUGCUAUGCAAGAGCGCAACCAGCGGGCCGUGCAGCUUGUAGAAAAAGAGCAGGAACUGUGCAUUUUCUAUGAGAAGCUAAAUGUGCUGGUGAAAAUGAUCGAAGACAGUAACCUGAAGAUACAGAACAUGGAGGAUGAAAUCAGCCACCUGAAAAUUGAACAGAAGGAGCAAGAAAGACAGAAUAACAUUCUCAGGAAACAGUUGUCCAGCAAACGGGCCCUGGAGGAAGAAAGCAUCCUAUUACAGAUACAGCUGUCUGAGACGAAAGACAGACUGACUGAGCUAGAAAAGGCUUGUAUGGACUAUGCCAGAGCUAGAAAACUGAGUGGAGAAGAUCCGUCUCCUGAGGAGCUCAUCAAGAAGAUUGAACAGUUAGAGAUGCAUCUGACAGAUAAGGAGGCUCAGCUCUUGGAAAUGGAGCUUGUGUAUGAGCAGGUUACACGCCUUUCCCAGCGCAUCCAAAUCAAAGCUGAGAAUGGUAAAGAAGACACACUGCAUCUGGCAAAAAAAGUGAACGAGCUGCAGGCUCAGAUUAGAGAGCGCACUCGUAAAAUGAUGGCAGUGGUAGCAGAGCUGUCCAUGAGACAGGCGGAGUGUAUGACCCUACAGCAGGAGAUGAAAGACAAGGAACUACAGCUGGACCUGUGUCAGAGGCAUGUGGAGCAAGGCCUGCCCCCCUCAGAAAACAUAGAGAAUGAGUGGCUGCGUUGCCUUCGAGAUCAGCACAGACGCCAGGCAGACGCAGAGAAAAAAGCCAGGCUGGCUGAGGAAGACGAGUGGAACCAGCUUCCCAAUGGUGUUUACACCACGGCUGAGCUGCGACCCAAUGCUUACAUCCCCACUGACGAUCCUUUGCCAGUGCCCAAACACUACGGAGCCCUGGCCCCCUUUAAACCCACUGAACCUGGUGCCAACAUUCGCCACAUCCGCAAACCAAAAUACAAGCCUAUUGAGAUCUAGAUGAUUGGCGUGGGGAACUCGCAUUUAAGGAGCGCGACAGCCGGCGAAAGGAGAGAGAGACGGGGACUCGUGAGCGCAGGAAGCUGGAGAGCGAUCGAGCAAACCAGACGCAGUAUCCGUGGCCGAAGUGCUGUUAGAAAGUGCGCGCACCUGCCGCGCUUGUUUGUUGGUUUAUUUGUUUUGUUUUGGUUUUGGAAUAAAGCCUCUCACGAGCCCCGUACGCCGACUCUGGUCUCCUUCCUCUACUCUGAUUGAACCUUCAUUACACUGGUGCCGAAACCCGGGAGGAAGGAGAGCGUUCGCCAUGCAGACUCCGUCAGCUACAUCAGCCUCGCCAUUUGCGGACAUCAUAUCAUCGCUCGCGGGCCUGCACCAAGAACACCACCAGGCCCUGCUGGACCUGCGGGCCGACCAAGACCACCGGUUCCAGGCGAUGAUGCGGGCCCAGCAGGAGGACCGCGAGCUGGUCCGGAGCUUGCUGGACCGGGAGGCUCGGACGGGGACGGCCUCCCCCAGCGCCCCGCCCCCUCACAUGCCACUCCCCAAGAUGGGACCCACUGACGACCCGGAGGCUUUCCUUGACUUGUUUGAGCGGACUGCGGAGGCGUGUGGGUGGCCGGUGGACAGCUGGCCCGUACGGGUGAUCCCUCUGCUGUCGGGGGAGGCCCAGAAGGCGGCCCAACAACUACCCGUCCCGAACCUCCUGGUCUACGCCGACCUCAGACGAGCCAUCCUCCAGAGGGUGGGCCUCAGCCCAGAACAACAUCGCCAGCGCUUCCGGUCACUGGAGCUGGCCGAGGCGGGCCGACCCUUUGUGUUGGCGCAGCAGCUCCGGGACUCGUGCCGCAAAUGGCUGUUGGCCGGGGACGGCGAUGCCGAAUCCAUCAUCAACGCGGUGGUACUGGAGCAGUUCAUCUCCCGCCUUCCAAAGAAGUCCGCCCAGUGGGUCCAGUGCCACCGCCCGGCGUCGCUGGAUCUGGCCAUCCAACUGGCGGAGGAUCAGCUGGCGGCGUGCUCCGGGGUCGGCGAGCCCCUCCCUGCUGUCUCUCUCUCUCUCUCUCUGUUUCCCCCUCCCCCCCCACUCCGAAAUCUCUCCCUCUCCCUAGGUCCCGUUGGGUGGGGCCAGCGAGGGCUGCGCCCCGCUGGAGGGUGGCGAUGGAGCCUGCGGCCGGGGCCCGAGGUCCCACACGAGGGAUGGCCGCUCCCCAGCGACGGGGGAGUGAAGACACUCCGGCUGCUUCCCCACGUCAAUCCCCUGAGCCACUUCCCGCCACUAGGGCAGCGGGGAG